GCCGGAUUGACUCCGCCUACGGUGCGCUUCACAUUACCGCCAGCACGCUUCACAGCAGUUUCAUUAACUUACAGAAUUUGGCUCGCACGCUUUAAUUUAACCUGACAUUAAAAAGCCAUCGCGAAGCCUUUUGCGUCUGGAGUAAGUUAGCCUAUCUGAGGCGGACAGCGGAGUCAUCGGUGGUGGGAUGAGAAAUAAAAGCGAAUGUCUCUGGUGUCAUAAUGUCACGGUGAUUUUGCGUUUUUACAUCGCUACACUUCUAUACUGACGAUACGCAUCAAAGCUUCGAAAUGGAGCGAAGUGGCGGCGAGAAACAAGGCAAACUCGAUUUCGACGAAAGUCGGAUUGACUCCGGAAUCGACUCGUACAAAUCAAUAUCCAGAGAACAGGACGGGAGUUCAGACAGCUCUGAGGAUAAAGAUAAAAGCUGUGCUACAGACGAGAGACUGGACUCUGCUUACGUCUCUUCAUCGUUAACUGUGGACAGUUUGGGGGAUUUUAUCGAGAAAUGCAGCGUUUCUGAAUGUGAAAGCGCGACGGACUGUGAAUACACUGAAGAGGAAGUCAAUUUCUUAACCACUGUUACAGAAGAUGGAGACACGAUUCUCCAUUUGGCCAUAAUCCACGAAGAGGAAUGUUUUGCACGUCAAUUGAUGGAACUGUUUCCUCCAGAUCUGAUGGAUAUUCAGAACAACUUGUAUCAGACGCCGUUGCAUCUGGCCACAUACUUGAACCAGCCCACCGUAGUGAAGGGUCUUGUAGAGAAGAGGGUCUCACUGGAGCUCCAGGACCAGGAGGGAAACACCUCUCUCCAUGUGGCGUGUGAGCACGGAUUCUGGGAUUGUGCCAAUGAGAUGAUCCACAACGCCUCGCCCAGCAAACUCGCCAACGUGCUGGAAGCACAGAACUGGAGAGGUCUGACGUGUCUCCACGUGGCCACGCUGCACAAGCAUCAUCGUCUCCUGCGGCUGCUGAUGAAGAGCGGCGUGGAUCUGAACAUCCAGGAGGGGACGAGCGGGAAGACGGCGUUACACAUGGCGGUGGAGCUGCACGACUUGACGGCGGUGAACCUGCUGCUCAACAAAGGGGUCAACGUAGACGCCGCCAUGUUCAACGGCUGCACCGCGCUGCAUCUGGCCGUGGGCCGGCAGGACGCCGCCAUCGCCAACCUCCUGUGCCAGGCUGGAGCCGACAAGAUGAUCAGAAACAUGGAGGACGAGACGGCCCUGGAUCUAGCCGACGGCAACGAUGAUAUUUUGGCCUUGUUCCCCUUCGAUGACAUUCAGAUCAUGGGCAGGACUGUCAUGAACUUCUCCUGAACAUGCCAGCCGCAUGUUCUUCAUUUUUGAAAAACUGAUCUGAAGUGGCAGGACUUUGGUUUUAAUGAUGUACAGCUUUUGGAAACGUCUGCGUGUAGUCUCAUCUAUUUAUAUCUAGUGGAGAUCGGGCCGGCAUGGAGUCAUUCCUGAUGUGGUCGGGACAUGUGGAUGUAACUCAUAUUGUAUGUAGUCUGUUGAAAAACCUUCAGGUCAAACAACACGAAUGCAUUCUGGUCUAUAAUUAGCAUUAUUUGAUGUUUUGUAGCCAUACAGUGCUGGUGUAAACGAGAUGAGCAAAUGAAACACCGCUUUGCAAACGUGUUUUCCAAAAAAAACAGGUCAUAGUUCCAAUAAAAGUAGUUUUAAUAUUUACGUGCAGCGUAUUCUUUCUACUAAGAAUGCAAGUGCUUUUUACGAGACCUUUUUUUAAUUAUCUGGGUACCAUUAACACCUGCCAGCAACUAUGAUGUUUACUUCACAACCAUAUUAUUUACAUUUUGAUUUUCAAUGUUAAAUGCUGCGUACAAUGCAAACCAAACAGACGCUGGUGACUGAUUCAUACUUUGGAGUUUUUAAGAGGAAAAAUGUGCUGCAGUUCUCAUAAGUAUUGAUGCUGGGAAAACAACGAUGGGCAGAACCUACAGGAAAAGCCACAAAAACAAGUUCCUGGUACAUUUGUAAAAAGAACAGCAUGGAGUGAAGCCGUGUGUGUUUGUGUGUGUUUGUGUGUGUGUUUGUGUGUUUCCAAUCAUGUGCCACAUCAUUCUUCCUCAUAACUUGCCAAUAAUGUGUCCCAUUCAUGUAAACUCAAGACAGGUUAAAACACGUUUCCACUUCAUGUGAAACAAGUAUAUGUUUUCUUGUAAAUAAAUAUUCAUUUUCUUUC